AAAAUGGAAAGGAUUCCGGAGCAAAUGGGCUAUUUGAUACUGACAAUGGACGGAGCUGUGAUUUCGUCCGGUGGUGAUUUGGAGAACAAUGAAAGAAUUGCCGACAUCAUAGCCAAGACGAUUAGUACCAGUAAAAGCUUAUACGUACCGGAUGAACAGUUUCAGAAUAUGUCAAUUCUGUAUCAAUAUUACCAUUAUUCUAUUUGUGUGUCCAACAAAAAAAUUCAUGUAUCCAAGAUUAAACAUGACCCCAAUGCUUUGGAAAAUGAAGAAGUCCGAGUGAUCUCUGAAAGUGCUUGAUUGAAAAACUGUUUUUUAUAAUACUGUUGAAUUGUAUAAUUAAGAUAUAUCAAUGCAAAUUGUUAUACCAUUUGAUAAACGAUUCAA